AUGGUUCAAACAGGGCGGGAUCUCCCCCAGUGCCAACUGGAGCGGGACUGGGACGUACUGGGAGAACUGGGCAGUGGCUCCUAUGGGCACGUGGUGCUGGCACAGCCCCGGGACGGGGGUGAGGGGCUGGGGGGGUGUGCCCAGGUGCCCCCAGGUGUGCCCAGGUGUGUCUAUAAGAGAUAUAACCCAUCCCCAGGUGUGCCCAGGUGUGCCCAGGUGUGUCCCCACCCCUGCCCAGGUGCGCCGGUGGUGCUGAAGCUGCUGCGGAAGGACCGGACGGGCAGGUGGGGCUUCCUGCGGGAGUUCUGCACCAACCUGUGCCUGCGGGGGCAGCUCACCUGCCUGCAGGUGCUGCCCCUGGCCUUCGAGACCCCCACCCACUUCGGCUUCGCGCAGGAACACGCACCUGCCGGGGACCUGUGCGGGCUGCUCACACCUGGGGUGGGCCUUCCUGAGCCGCAGGUGAAGCGCGUGGCCACCCAGGUGGGCGCGGCCCUGGAUUACCUGCACGGCCACGCCCUGGUGCACCGAGACGUGAAGCUGGACAACGUGCUGGCCUUCGACCCCCAGUGCCAACUGGUCAAACUGGGCGACUUCGGCCUCACCCGCGUCAUGGGCUGGCAGGUGGGGCCCACCUGUGGCUCGGGCCACGCCCCCUACGCCGCACCUGAGCUGUGCCACCUGCGCGAGGCGGAGACGCUGCGCCUGGAGCCCAGCCUGGACGCCUGGGCCUUCGGCGUCCUCCUCUUCGCCCUCCUCACCGGCACCUUCCCCUGGGGGGUGGCUGCGCCCCCGGAUCCCCAGUUCGGGGAGUUCCAGGUGUGGCAGGGCCACACCUGGCAGCCAGGUGGGCUCACCGGCGGGGGGGAGGUGCCACACACCUGGCAGGGGUUGGGGGAGGCGGCGCUGGAGAUGCUCCGGAGGCUCCUCCGGCUGGAGCCCGACAGGCGGAGCCACGCCGGGGAGGUGAACAGGUACCUGGACAGGUGCUGGGGAGGGCAGGCAGGGAGGCCUGAGGGGGGUGGGAGCGGGGCAGGCACACCUGGGGAUGGGUCAGACACACCUGAGGAUGGAUUCAACACACCUGCGGAUGGGUCGGACACACCUGCAUGUGGGAGAGAAACACCUGGAGAUGGGUUGGACACACCUGAGGAUGAGUUAGAAGUACCUGGGAGUGGGUCAGAGACAGCUGGAGAUGGGAUAGACACACCUGGAUAUGGGUCAGACAGACCUGAGGAUGGAUCAGACACACCUGGAUAUGGGUCAGACACACCUGGGGAUGGAUCAGACACACCUGGAUAUGGGUCAGACACACCUGGGGAUGGAUCAGAUACACCUGGGUAUGGGUCAGACACACCUGGGGAUGGAUCAGACACACCUGGAUAUGGGUCAGAUGCACCUGGGGAUGGAUCAGACACACCUGGAUAUGGGUCAGACACACCUGGGGAUGGAUCAGACACACCUGGAUAUGGGUCAGAUGCACCUGGGGAUGGAUCAGACACACCUGGAUAUGGGUCAGACACACCUGGGGAUGGGAUAGACACAGCGGGGGAUGGGACUGAAACACCUGAGAAUGAGUUGGACACACCUGGAUAUGGGUCUGGAACAUCUGGAGAUGGGUCUGACUCACCUGGGAAUGAACUGGGAGCACCUGGGGAUGGGAUAGAAACACCUGGAUAUGGGUCAGACACACCUGGAUAUGGGUCAGAAACAUCUGGAAAUGGGUCUGGAACACCUGGAAGUGGGUUGGAAGAACCUGGGAGUGAGUUGGACACACCCGGGAAUGGGACAGAAAUACCUGAACAUGGGCUGGAAACACCUGGAAUGGGCUGGAAACACCUGGAAAUGGGAUAAAAGCAUCUGGAAGUGGGAAUGAAACACUUGGGAAUGGGUUGGAAAUACCUGGGAAUGGGAUGGAACCUCUUGGAAGUGGGAUAAAAACAUCUGGAAAUGGGUCCAAACCACUUGGAAAUGGGCUGGGAAUACCUGGGAAUGGGAUGGAACUCCUGGAAGUGGGAUAGAAAUGCCUGGAAAUGGGAUGGGAACACUUGGGAAUGGGAUGGAAGCACCUGGAAAUGAGCUGGGAAUACCUGGGGACCCCCCAAAAAGGGGAGUUGAAUAAAAUUCCCUGUUUUUUGCCUUUUUUUAA